GGUGACAGAAGUGCGAGGCUUCACUGACUCUCAGAAGGAGGAGUACUUCAGGAGAAGAUUCAGAGAUGACGCAUUCUCUAGCAGAAUUAUCUCCCACUUGAAAACAUCCAGGAGCCUUUACAUUAUGUGUGGGAUCCCAGUCUUCUGCUGGAUCACUGCUACAAUUCUGGAGCACAUGUUGACUACAGAGGAGAGAGCAGAGCUGCCCAAGACCCUGACUGACAUGUACUCACACUUCCUGCUGGUUCAGAUAAAGAAGAAAAAGCACAAAUACUCUGAAGGGCAUGGGACAGGUGUACAGAAGCUUACCAAUGCUGACAGGGAAGUUCUUCUGAAGUUGGGGCAGCUGGCAUUUGAACAUCUGGAGAAAGAAAACAUCGUUUUCUACCAAGAAGACUUGGAGCAGUGUGGUCUGGAUGUCACAGAGGUCUUGGUGUACUCAGGAGUUUGUACAGAGAUCUUCAAAGAAGAAUCUGUGAUCUUCCAGAAACCAGUUUACUGCUUUGUUCAUCUGAGCAUUCAGGAGUUUCUGGCUGCUGUCUACAUGUUCCACUGUUACACCAACAGGAAGACAGAGGUGCUGCAGGACUUCCUUAGUAAAGACAUCUCAUCUCUGGAAGAUCUUUUGAGCAAUGCCAUGGAGAAAUCUUUCCUAAGUGACAGCGGCUACCUGGAACUGUUUGUUCGCUUCCUUCAUGGCCUCACUCUGAAGUCCAACCAGAGACUCUUAGGUGGUCUGCUGGGUCAGACAAAGAGCAGUCCACAAAUCAUCCAGAGAGUCAUCAACAACCUGAAGGAGAUUAACACUUAUGAUAAGUGUCCUGACAGAAGCCUCAACAUCUUCCACUGUCUAAUGGAGAUGAAUGACCUUUCGGUACAUCGGGAGAUCCAAGAGUUCCUGAAGUCAGAGAACAAAUCAGUGAAGAAACUCUCUGGAAUUCAGUGCUCAGCUCUGGCAUAUAUGCUGCAGAUGUCAGAGGAGGUUUUGGAUGAGUUGGAUCUGAUGAAAUACAACACAUCACAGGAGGGACGACAGAGACUUGUUGCAGCUGUGAGGAACUGCAGAAAGGCUCGACUUCAUGAUGUUUGGCUCUCAGAGAACCACUGUAAAACUCUGACCUCAGCUCUGAUGUCCAACCCCUCCCAUCUGAGAGAGCUGCACCUGAGUUCAAUCAACCUGGAGGAUUCAGCAGAGACACUGUUUGCUAGUCUUGGGCAACCAAACUGCAGACUGGAGACACUCAGAUUUGAGAAUUGCAGUUUGUCAGAGAUCAGCUGUGCUGCUCUGGUCCGGGCUCUGAAGUCCAACCCCCCCUAUCUGAAACAUGUGGAUCUAAUAGGAGACAACCUGCAGGAAUCAGGAAUGAAACAACUGUGUGAUUACCUGGAGAGUCCACACUGUAGACUGGAGACCUUAAGGCUGACCUCUACUUUGCUUUAGAUGCUGUACUGGGGUGAGUAUUGCUCAGAUCUUUUAGUGGGAUUAAUUUAUGUAUUUUCACUUUCAUAGUAAUUUUAGGAUAACUCUUUUUAAUUAUAAAUAUCAUUCCAAGGUCUAAUAUAUAAU